GUUUAUGCGCUGCUGUGAAUGUUGCCUACGAACAAAGUAUCGCGCACCUGCUGGAUCAGAUACACUACAACAGCGUUAGUAGUGAAGAGCGUGCUGCCAUUUGCUGUUGUUGAUUUUCUGGAUGGUGGGGGUGUAUCCAUUGUUCCUUGCAAGUGGUUUACAGGACCAGCAGAAGACUCUUGUUUCUGGCCACCAGGGAGAGUAAAUAUCAACAAGGUGGUAAGGGAUGAAAUCUCUCCAAAUACAGACUGGCCACAGUACAGAGUUCGCAUCUUGGGGAAAGCUGAGAGCUAUGAAAGUGCCAGAGUGAAACUGCGGAGGUCUGAGACAACAUCUGAUCUGCAGACUGAGUCAGAUUCUGGAGGGAGAUUGGGAAAAGGAAAGCGAAAGAGGAGGCCAGUGGUUCUGUCCAGCUCAGAUGAGUGGGACGAUCCUGCAGAACAACAAGAAACCUCAACACUGUCAUCAGCAGAGGAGAGAUCUUCAAGGAUAACUCCCCACCCGAAUGUCACCCAUCCAUUUGUUCAGCCACCAACACCCACAAGGCCUUCCCCUGUGGUUACACAACCAAAUCCACGACGACUUGUACAGGACACAAAUGCCAACAUGUUUGUACGUGUUCUAACCCUUUUGGAGGACAUCAAAGACACUCAGAGGGUUCAUAGUCGAAUGCUACAGUCUGCUGAAACAACGCGAUGGACCAGUUGCUGCUGUGUUACCCGAGGGCAGUUUGAAAAGAAAUGCUCUCACCAGCCAGAUUACAAGAAAAGAGGCAGAAAAGGCAGCAUCCAAGUGGCUUAUUGGUGCAAGGGAUAG